UGCCUGUCUGUCAAGCGGGAGCUGCUGUCGGACUCCGUGAACCUGAGGACCACCUAAGAAGGCAGCGAUGGAAACCAGGGCGCUGUCCACCGUAGCUCGUGGGCUGGUGCGAGGUCUGUCUGGCAAGGCCAGCAGAGACCGACGGCUGUUGCAGCCAAUCGCCGCGCUACUCGUGGUCCUCGCCCUGGGCUUCCAGUCGGUCUGCGCCGACGCUGCCACAGCCUGUCCAGCAGGCUGUUCGUGCCAGCACAGUGGCGAGCGGGCGUCCUGCGUCGGACUCACCCGGGUGCCCAAGUUCCUCGGUUACUCCCCCAGGACGCUGAGCAUCACUCAGCACCGGAUAACAGCAAUCGACAGCAGGUCCUUCAGAGGACUGGAGCGCCUGGAAGUACUGGAAAUCACCGAGGGUCGCCUGUCUGAGAUAUCCCCCGACGCGUUCUACACGCUGAGAGACCUCAAGGAGGUCAACAUCUCGCACAACGAGCUGAACGUGCUGCCCCGCGACGCGUUCGCCGAGUGCCGCCGGCUGGAGCUUCUGGACCUGUCCUGGAACCCGCUGGUGCUGCCUGGCCGGGGCCCCAUGCUGGUCUCCAGCUCGCUGUCCGCCCUCGACAUGUCCUUCUGCAGCCUCGGCAAACUACCGGACCAGGUUUUCUCCAAGGUGCCGGCCCUCAGCGAAUUACGACUGCGGGGUAACAACCUCCAGCUCGUAUCCGAGUGCAUUCUGGAACCGAUCCCCCAGCUGAUACUCCUGGACGCCGAUCUGACGUUCCAGUGGACCGAGUGCUCUUCCCAGGAGGCGACGACGAGUGGCACUCGGCAGGUGAAUAAGGUGGGAGACCCUGGGAGCGGGCGGGACCCCGCCGAGCGGCAGGCAACAGGCGACGUUCUCGCCUACGCAGAGGUGACCUUCAUCCCCACCCUGGCACAGUGGGUCUUUCUCGUCGUUACAGCACUACUUACAGCGUUACUACUCACCUACAUUCGCAAAGCGUGUGAAAGAGGUCAACGUCGAGAGGAACACAUAUACGAGAUUCUAGGUGGUAGUCAGACAGUUCGCAUACCAAUUACAAACAUGAAUUCAGAACAAGUAGCAAGUCGACCAGCUCCUGCGAGCAUUUAAGCUACCUUGCAACAGUUUCCUCAGGUGACGGGGAGAGCCGUUAUGUUAUUCCAGUACCGGGGUACGUUUUGCUUGCAAAAAAGAGGUAAAAGAUUUCAUAUUUUUAUGUUGUGUGUAUAGUUGACAGUACAUUUAAUCCCAGUUUUCGAUCUCGAAAACCCUCGGGACAACUUUUUGCAGCCAAAAGCUCAAGAAAUUUUGGCACUUUUUUUAAGGCUUUCGUCAAUUAUUCGGAAAUUAUCCAUCCAACUUUAAAUGUUACCCUAACCAAACUGAAAGAGCAUUAAAUGUUGACUCGAAUGACCUAUUUAAAUGUGAAAAUCGGUGCAGCCAUUUGGCCGCAAUCAGUUGUCGAAGUUGAUUCAUUUUUACCAGUUCGGCUAAAAAGUCGGCUCGAACGCCUGUAACUCAAAAGCGACUACUCCAAAUGAAAAAUGUCGCGUUAUCAACGUUAUAAAGCAAGGAAUUUCAUAUUACAAAACCAUAUAGUUUUUCAGAUUUAGGCACUAUUAAACGUUUGUGCACCUAAAAGCCAAAGUAAUUACAUUCUAUUGUUUUUCUUUCAAGUGACAGUUAUUCAAUGAAAUGAAAUCUCCAGUGAGGAGAUGGCUCUCUAAUGAGCACAUAUGUGUUCUGCAUGUGUAUCAUUUUUAAUUUUCUUCGUUCAAUUAUGUUUUUAUUCGUUUUUACACAUGUCUUAAUUGGUAUGAGUCGGUUGCUAAAAUGAAAACCAAGUACAUAGUAAUGGACAUAUGAGUAACAUAAAAAUUUGUACUAAUGAAGAAAUAAAAUGGUAUGGCAAGAUUUAAAAAACAAUAAUAUAUCAGAGAUUAACAUUUUAUCAAGUUUCAAUUCCAUCGCCGUCGUUUGGGAGACUCCGGCAUGUCCCGCUCCCAGCAACCGAUCUCCUGUGUCACCAACUUCCUCGACCUGGAACACAUCUUCUACCUUCUCCACAUCCUUGCCGGGUCCAGUUUCUGGGGCGUUCUCGCAAGAUAAGCCAUAAGAGUGUUUGCACGCCGAUGAGCACUUCAGUCCAGAUUUGGGACGUCCACAUGCUGCUGUCCACCUCGUUCUGCGUGCACAGGAAACCACGUUCAGUAGCGUAUCUGGAGCCGCAUCUUUCGUCAUCGUCAGGGGAAACGAGGCUGUUUUCUUCCAGCCGCACUGGAACGGAUCAGUUUUCUGCCCCUGCCAAGCUUACAGCUCAUGGUAGGAUCACAGUGAGUGCCACCUCGCUGCGUGCGAUGUUUGCGGUAGCCUUUCGUGUUUGAAAGAUUUUCUCGGAGCAGACUUUACGAAAAGCUCGUGCCUGAGGUCGUCCAAAGCCGCGCAGCUGUAAUUCCCGUACACUGUUCUACCGCCUAUGCUGUUAAGUCUUGAGAGGCUGAGGGUUUAACAAGUUCAGCAGCUUGCAAUUUAAGAUGUGGCUGUUGCUCCAUAUGGUUUAGUAAUUU